GACAUACGCGGCGGCCGGGGGAGCCCGCGCGCGGCGGCCCGGCCUUUUUUGGUGCUGAGGGAGCCCCGCAGGCUGGGCCGCCCCCGGGGGUGGUGGUGGUGGUGCUGAGGAGCUCGGCCCGAGUCCCCGUCGCCGCCGUCGCCGCCGCCCGGGAGGAGGGGCUGCCCGGGAAGCCGGGCGCAGCCGCGGCCGCCCUCGCCCGCCCGCGCUCCGGGCCGCCCUGCCGUGGCGCGCCCCGCGCGGCCCCGGGCUUGCGCGCAGAGCUGGCGGGCAGCGGCCCCGCGCGCGGCGGCUCAGCCAUGUCGGCCGAGGAGGUGGUGCAGAUCCGCCUGGAGGGCCGCUGCUACCCGGUAAGCAAGAGGAAGCUCAUCGAGCAGAGCGACUACUUCCGCGCCCUCUACCGCUCCGGCAUGCGCGAGGCCCUGAGCCCGGAGGCCGGCGGCCCCGAGGUGCAGCAGCUGCGCGGCCUGAGCGCGCCGGGCCUGCGGCUCGUGCUCGACUUCAUCAACGCCGGCGGCGCCCGCGAGGGCUGGCAGCUGGGCCCGCGCGGGGACAAGGGCGGCGCGGGCGAUGGCGAGGAGGAGCUGGACGAAGCGAGCCUGCUCGCCGCGCUCGUGGAGGCGGCUUCCUUCCUGCAGGUCACGUCCCUGCUGCAGCUGCUGCUGUCCCAGGUGCGGCUCACCAACUGCCUGGAGCUGUACCGCCUGGCGCAGGUGUACGGCCUGCCCGACCUGCAGGACGCCUGCCUGCGCUUCAUGGCCGUGCACUUCCACGAGGUGCUGUGCAAGCCCCAGUUCCACCUGCUGGGGUCGCCUCCCCCGGCUCCGGGGGACGUCAGCCUCAAGCAGAGGCUGAGGGAGGCCCGGAUGACGGGGACCCCGGUCCUGGUGGCCCUGGGGGACUUCCUGGGCGGCCCCCUGGCGCCGCACCCCUACCAGGGGGAGCCGCCGUCCAUGCUCAGGUACGAGGAGAUGACUGAGCGCUGGUUCCCGCUGGCCAACAACCUGCCCCCGGACCUGGUCAACGUCAGGGGCUACGGCUCGGCCACUCUGGACAACUACCUCUUCAUCGUGGGCGGCUACAGGAUCACCAGCCAGGAGAUCUCCGCUGCGCAUUCCUACAACCCCAGCACCAACGAGUGGCUCCAGGUGGCUUCCAUGAACCAGAAGAGGUCCAACUUCAAGCUUGUGGCUGUUAACUCAAAGCUCUACGCCGUCGGCGGGCAGGCCGUGUCUAACGUUGAGUGUUACAAUCCCGAGCAGGACGCCUGGAAUUUUGUGGCACCCUUACCGAAUCCGCUGGCUGAGUUUUCUGCGUGCGAAUGCAAGGGGAAGAUUUAUGUCAUUGGAGGCUAUACCACCAGAGACCGGAACAUGAACAUUCUGCAAUACUGCCCCUCGGCCGACGUCUGGACGCUGUUCGAGACGUGCGACGUCCACAUCCGCAAGCAGCAGAUGGUGUCGGUGGAGGAGACCAUCUACAUCGUGGGGGGCUGCCUGCACGAGCUGGGGCCCACCCGCAGGGGCAGCCAGAGCGAGGACAUGCUCACCGUGCAGUCCUACAACACCGUCAGCCGCCAGUGGCUCUACCUCAAGGAGAACACGUCCAAGUCGGGCCUGAACCUGACGUGCGCGCUGCACAACGACGGCAUCUACAUCAUGAGCAGAGACGUGACCCUGUCCACCAGCCUGGAGCACCGGGUCUUCCUCAAGUACAACAUCUUCGCCGACAGCUGGGAGGCCUUCCGCCGCUUCCCGGCCUUUGGCCACAACCUGCUGGUCUCCUCGCUUUACCUGCCCAACAAGGCAGAAGCCUGAGCCAGCCGGUGCCAGGAGGGGGCCUGGCUGAGACCCAGACGAUGGGGUGUCCGUGUUUUAAAGGGGAGCUGUAGGCCGCGUGUAUCCAGUUCCAGCUGUACAUAAGCUUACUUGAACUAAUUACUUGAAAACGCGAGGGAAAAAAAGAGACCAUCGUUAUUUUUUAAAUUAUUGGUUCUUAAAUGAUGGGAGCAAAUCCAUGAUAAUGUGUUCAUCCAGACGUGAUCCUCUCGGGCCAAUCACUGACGAGCGGAUCCGCUGAGUGCGUGGGUCAAGGGCCAAAGGCAGUGAUGGACGUGAGUGCUCAAGGCGAUUGGAAAAUCCGCUUCGUCCAGGUCACUUGAAAUACCUUCUGUCCCUUUCACAUUUCAGAUUUCCUUUGUGGUGGGAGUUCGCUCCACCAGCCUCCCUUUGCCACUGCCAUUCUGUGUCCCCGGCCCCUGUCACAGCCGUGUGAGCUUCUAGAGUGUUUACAACAGGGUUCUGUGUGCAGAUAGUUGACCUGCCUGUGGCUUUCCAGGAAACUCACACCAAGGAACCCCUAUGACCCCUUCCCGGCAAUCAGUCCCCCCAGAAUUCCCAUAGAAGCAGUCUCCACUGUGUCCCCCCCCCCCUUUUUUUUUCCAUUGUGAAUGCUCAGACAUAAACACACGGAAGUUCUUCUGCCCUUGUGAGGCAGGUUGAACAUUUAUGGGGUCACAGGAGCCAGGCGGCCAGUAUUGUUUAAAAGAGGAUUUGUGGGAAGGGAUGGAAAUUAGCAUCCAUUUCAAAAAUGGAGUCACAAAUUUACAUAGGAUGGGAACACCAGAUGAGAAAUUUUUUUUCCCGUAAGAGUUACUUUCAUUGAAUGUAUUGGACUUAGUUGUUAAGACCGAAAACCCAACUUUAUCACGUUGAUGUCUGGCAGCUGUCUGAUUUAAUCUGAGCUUUUCAUGUCUGUUUUGCUGUGUGUGCUAAGGUGAGGAUGGCAGAGAACAUUUGUGCUGGAGAGAGGGGCAGUGGCUCGGAGAGAAGGGGACAGCCACCGAUGGCAUUCCUGAAAUCGGCUAAGCGCUUCACUUGCCCUGGGUGUUGGUGUGAUAAGAGCUCGGCUUAGAGUUGGCAGUGAGUGAAUGCUUCCGCCGCAGGGCAGCUUUCCUUAGGAUCCCGUUGCUCCGCCCUGGGGAGAUGUUCCUGUGAUUGCAAGGCACCCUCUGCAGUCCUCUGGCAUUUUGCAGCAGAACCAGGGAACCCGUGGCCUGGAGACCCUCUUUCUGCACAAGUGGCAGGCAGACUCACGUCCCUGACAGCGAGCGAGCGUCGCUCUGGGAAGUCCCAGCAGCUUGGUGGGCGGCUCCAGCUGUCACCCUGCAGGGAGCUGGCCACGUCUGCUGAGCUGUCUCCCCUGUCACAGGGCUGGCUACAGGGUUUCUUUACACCGUGGCCUCUAUAAAUGUAAAACAAGGGUCUAGAUACAGAACUCCUAUUUGCACAACUUUCCAGGAACACUUCUGUUAGGUAAAAUGAGGCAAAUCUGCAUUUUAGACAUGGAUACAGGUCUUUGUAUCCUCUCAUCAAAUAUUCUUCUCCACAGUCCACUCUGAAUGUUAUUCAAGUGUUUCUAAGCCAUAUUCAUUUCUUUUCAAAUGUUAAGCUUUAAAAAAAAAAAAAAAAAAAAACCUGAAAUCUUCCUGGGCAUGGUACUUAACUAAUAGGUUUAACUUAUAAUCAUUGUAGAAUUGAAUUUCCAGUCACCUGUUUCAUUACAUAUAUUUCGAAACCUAAUUUAUUUCAUUUUAGAUAGUGUUAACUUUUGUUACUGUAGAUUUUUUUCUGUUUCUUUAGAGGCAGAGGCGAUGGGGAGAGAGAGACAGAGAGCAGGUGAGCACAUGCUUCUGUCUGCUGGUUCGUUCCCCACAUGCCCACAGCAGCUGGCAUGGGACUGGGCUACAGCCGGGAGCCAGGAACUCAAGAUAGGACUCCCACGUGGCUGGCAGAAACCCGACUGCUUGAGCCAUCACUGUUGCCUCCCAGGGCGCGCAUUAGCAAGAAGCUGGGAGCAGGAGCGGGAGCUGGGUGUCUACUCCAGGCAUUCCGAUGUGGCCUGUGGUCCUCUCUGCUGGCAGCUUAACUCCAAACACCUGUCCUGAGCUUGACUUUGGAAGGCUUAAUCCUGCAUAUGCAGAAUACUCGGGUCAGCUGAGUUAGUAUUAGACAAACAGGUGGAGAUUAGCUUGUAAAUAACCAGGUUGUGUGCAACACCGUAUUAUUUCUGCCAACCAGUUAUUCCUGACAACAUUCUUUGGGUCUGUUCAUGCCAACAAUUAGGUUCUUGGACCAAAUGAAGGUCUCUGCGGAUGCACAAAGCGGUUUGACAAAUCCGGUUUGAUAUGUAUACAUGGAUGUAUGUGUGCUUGCGUGUUACAGCUCUCUCCCAGAUAAAAGACUUUGGACAAGCAGUUGUUGGUCUGGGUCCCGAGCAGGGCUGGGGGCAUGGUGGAGACCAGCCUGUGGGUUUUGGGAUCCCAUCCUUCCUGCUGUGCACACCAAACACACUGUCAUGUCGUCACCAGUUUUUAUUUAGUGCUGUUCUUUUGCUGGUGCCAGUGUUGUGCGGAAGACUCUACCUAUGAGUGAAAGCGAUGCUUCAUUGGGCGCUUCCUUUCAGCCCCCUGGACUUUCCUUCUCACCUUGACAGUAUCUCUCUGCUGCGAGUGUUCUGUCUUUUUAUGACGUGCCGGGAGCACCGGCCAGGGCACCGCGUCCUACAAAGACUGCCCUGAGUGGGAGCACGCGAGGCCUGAGCCAAGGGCGGUGGGAAGGAAGUAUGCUCCUCCCUGACACUCUUCCGUCUUUGCUUAUGGCCUCUCCUGUUUCCGUCCUUUGAAAUGUUUUCUUAGGAAUGUGCAGGAGUGGAUUAUUUAGAUGGUAGCGGUUAGGUCAUAGCAAUGAAGUACUGACAGGACAUGGAUAAUAGUAAGACACAAACACAUGGCUUAAAAAGAGCAGAAACCAAAGAGAAUUGAACUCUCCUGUUUUUAAACCCAAGACCCCAAGUACUCUCUGUUGCCUUAGCUGUCCCUUGGAACUGUACUGGGAUGGUCGAUGUUCUUUCUCUGCGAGUAAUUCAGUUGGUCUCUUUGGUAAGCAGUUGCCUGUGGAGUACUGCCGAUGCGGUGUGUUCAGAUUUCCAAGUGGAAUUGUGACACUCCCUGUUGGGCCAAAGAGGUCAGUUGAGUGGCAAAGCGGUGGUGUUCCUGAUCAGCCAGGUAUAUGACGAGUGGUGGCCGGACGCCGCCUGCGGGCCGGCCCAGCAGUUGGGGGGAGCAGGGUGAGUACCGAUGCCUUUUUCUUAGACCAUGAAUGGGGCCUCUGUGCCACCUGACGUUAAGGUGGCGUUCUGUGGGCAUGCUGGUGUUCCUUCCUCUGUGCUGGGAUUCGGGCCAAGAAUCCAGGUCAGCCCCGUGCUCACAAGUGUCUGUCACCAGCAGAGUGCCAGGUUCUGUCUGCCAUCCCUCCUUGGUCACGAUAGGGAGGGCGUCCGGAGGCUCGGACCCAGCCAGGGUGGCUGUGCAAGCAGUGGGCUGGCUGACUGAGAACACUGACCACGGGUCUGUCGCGGGCAGGACAGUGCUAAGACCUGGGAGGACAGACACGAAUAAGCCACGGCUCUUGACCUUGAAGAGCUUACAGGCCAGGAAAAGGGCUCGCCGCCCUUGUCUUACCCAGGAGGUCCUUCUCAAAGCCGCCUGUUGUCGUUGGGCACAGCUGGCGCUUUCCAGGCUGGUGGCCUUGCUUCGAGAUUCCCCACUGGAUGCGUCGCGAACCAGUGUUUCUUUGCAUGUGAGCGUCACGUGCUGCGUUUUGUAUUUUACCGUGUGAUUUUUUUUCUUACUGCUUUUCUUAGUCUUCUCUAUUCCACUUCCAUGUAAUCUGCCUUAUUUAAAAAGACCAAGGACCCCCGCCCUUACAGCAAGGGCUGGGGGGGGGGGGCGGUGGGACCAGCGGGAAGAGGAGUCCGGCCAGGGAUGCGGGCUCCUGGGCAGAGGGGAGCCCCACCCGUGAACAGCUCUGUAAAACGGUGAGUGAAGUGCUAGGCUGGACUCGGGGUCACUGGGUGUGGCCUUCCUGACGGUGAUCAACAGGUGGUUUUCACUUAAGAGUAUUUGUUUUCACUUUCAUUUAUGUAAAGUAUCAGUUUGCCUUUUCUUGUGUUGAUUUAGGAAAUGCACACCCAGCCUCCUCACCUAACCUUUUCUAUCCAUUCCUAUAGAGAAAGUGAAUGUAAAAGAUGGGGCCAUUUUGUAGAGCAGGAGGUGAGCUGAAAGGACUUUUUAGGGUUGGUUGAUGACUUCUCAAAUGGUUGUCAGCGUUUCUGGUAAAGAAAAGGAAAAUGUGAUUUGAACUAUUGUGUCUUUUUUUUUUUUUUCUAAUAAAAAAAGAUUUAAGACUAGGGCACUUUAUAACCGAAUCUAUGUUACAUUCAUACCUGUACUUAGUAGUCACUUUAGGGAAAAAUGAUAAUCUGUAGAAUGAGUAGCUAGGUUCUGUUAUGACUGCUGCUCUCUGUGUUGAAAAGGUUGUGUUGAGUCUCCAGUUUCCAGUGUGGCUUAAACAUGUGCACAUUGUCAUACGAUUCAUUUAACUGCAGCGACGCCCAGGAGAGCACUCUCUGUAGCAGCAGUCACUCUUUGUAUAGCUCUAGGACUGUGGAGGAAAAGCUCUUCAAAUAAAAUACUUCUCAACCCGUC